AUGAAUAGUACUGGCAUAUAUUUAAAUAGAACAACAACAAUUCUAACUUUAAUAAUGAAUAAAAAUCAAUCAGCCAAUACAACUAUUAUUGAAUCAUCAUCUUUAGAUGAUGUAUGUAAAAAUUUUCAUCUUAUUAUUUUUCUUUGUAUUAUAUUUGUCUUAAUUGUAUCGGCAAAUAUAUCGGUUAUACUUCAUUUAAGUUGUUCAAAAAAACGUCACAGUCGAAUGAGCUUCUUCUUAUUAAAUCUUGCUUAUGCUGAUUUAUUUGUUGGUGUUAUAAGUGUUACUCGUGAUAUAAUUGAAAAGAGCUGUAUUCCAUUUGGACUUGGAACUAUUGGUUGUCGAUUAACAAGUUUUAUACAAGGUACAAUAUCCUACAAUUCAAGUUAUGUACUUGUUUGUGUCUCAAUCGAUCGUCUCUAUGCAAUUAUUCGUCCUAUGGACAUACGAACAGCAUCUUCAACAUUUCGAUAUUCAUUGAUCAUCGCAUCAUGGGUGAUAGCAAUGACAUUUGCAUCUGCUCAACUCUAUUUACGAGAUAUUGAAUUAAUACGUGGUAUGCCAAUAUGUGGUAAUCGAUCUGAUGUUGUAAUAAAUUGGAAUGUAAUAUUAAAUAAAAUGAUGUAA